GUCACGUGGUGUGGAGGAAGUUUCCGUGUUUACAGCUCGGCUCCAGGCACAGUGGUCGCUUCGUGUUCAGUUUCUGAAGAGGAUGCCGUGCAGUCAUGGCUUUUUUAAAGACGCAAGAACGAAGCAAAGAAAGGUUUUCUCUGUUGUUGCUGGAUUUGGAGGAAUAUUAUUUUGAGCAGCACACUGCUUACCAUGUUAAAAGCGGUUCAAAAAAGGAGAGAAAAGCCCGUGGUUCAUUCAAGGUUUGUUCCAGAUCUGUUAUAUUUGAUCCAGAGGAUCUAGAAGAGCCAAUUUUAAAGAUUCCUCUGCGAGACUGUAAGAAGAUUGAGUAUGUGGACAAAGAGAACAACCCUUUCAAUGAGCCCAGGCCAUCAGCCAUAUCUAUUUCAUGUGGACAGAUCAUUCACAUCAAAGAAAGCAACGUUAUAGCACCUUUCAGGAACGACAGGGGAGCAAAGACGAUCACGUUUCAACUGGAGGUUUAUAGUAAAACAGAAGAUGUUGUUCAGACAUUGCUGCAGCUGCACAGGGCGUCCUGUCUGGAAAAACUCGGAGACCACACUGCAAUGGUUGCUGCCAAUCUGCAGUCACGGCUGGCGAGGUCAUCGUUUGACAAAAACUGCUUUGAGAGUGUUGCUGAGAAGCCUCACAUGGAGUGCGCUGUGGAGAUGGUCAUGCCUCUGGUCUGCAAUCCAGGCCACGUCUGCAUUACAGAUGAAAACCUCUACUUCCAGCCUCUCAAUGGAUAUCCGGAGCACGUGAUUCAAAUCAAGCUGCACAAAGUCAGAAGAAUCUACAAAAGGCGACACGGGCUCAGACCUCUGGGUCUGGAGGUGUUCUGCACAGAGAAUGACUUCUGCUCAGACAUAUAUCUGAAGUUUUACAACACAGAGGACAGAGAUGAGGUCUACUACUACAUCGCCUCUUCUCUGGAGAACCACAUGACGGAGCACACAGCAGAGAGCUACAUGUUACAGUGGCAGCGCGGCCAUCUGAGUAACUACCAGUACCUCCUCCACCUCAAUAACCUGGCCGACCGCAGCUGUAACGACCUCUCCCAGUACCCAGUCUUCCCCUGGGUCAUCGCCGACUAUACCAGUGCUCAGUUAGACAUGACGAACGCCGCCACGUUCAGAGACCUGAGCAAACCCAUUGGAGCCCUCAAUAAAGAGCGGCUGGAGAGGCUGCUGGCUCGCUACAAAGGCAUGCCUGAACCUCGCUUCAUGUACGGAAGUCACUACUCAUCUCCAGGAUACGUCCUUUUCUACCUGGUCAGAGUCGCUCCAGAGCACAUGCUGUGCCUCCAGAACGGCCGCUAUGAUCAUCCAGAUCGCAUGUUUAACAGCGUAGGUGAAACCUGGAAGAACUGCUUAGAGGGGGCGACCGACUUCAAAGAGCUGAUCCCAGAGUUUUAUGGGAACGACUCCAAGUUCCUGGAAAACGGACUGAAUCUGGAUUUGGGCCGACGGCAGAAUGGACGACUGGUUGGAGACGUUGUUCUUCCAGCGUGGGCCUCAGAUGCCAGAGACUUCCUCCAAAAGCAGCAGGCAGCGCUGGAGAGUCAGUACGUAUCAGAGCACCUCCACGAGUGGAUCGACCUGGUGUUUGGCUUCAAACAGAGAGGCAGUGAAGCUGUGGCGGCUCAUAACGUGUUUCACCCCCUGACAUACGAAGGCGGCGUCGACUGUGACAGCAUCGAGGACACGGAUGAGAGAAUCGCCAUGCUGACGCAGAUCCUGGAGUUCGGCCAGACGCCCACGCAGCUGUUCACCAGCCCUCACCCUCAGAGGAUCACACCGAGGUUUCACAACAUCACCCGGAGCUCCAGCAUCAAUUCACCCGUCAGUGAACUGUCUCCAGCCUCUCCCAGUGAGGACUUUUCCUUUGAAGACCUGACUGAGGAGAGCAGGAAGUGGGCCUGGUCAAACAUGGGAAGUCUGAAGUCCAUUUCCAGCCACAAGAUCCACAAAGAAGCUGUGACGGGCAUCGCUGUGACUCGAGACGGAGCUUCUAUAUUCUCCACAUCUCAAGACUCAACACUCAAAAUGUUUUCCAAAGAGCUGAAGGACUUCCAGAGGAGCAUGUCCUUCUCUAACAUGGCGUUGUCGUCGUGUUUGAUGCUUCCAGAUGCUAAAACCGUGGUGUGUUCUUCGUGGGACAACAAUGUUUAUUUCUACAGCGUCCCGUACGGCCGGCGGCAGGACACUCUGAUGGGUCACGACGACGCCGUCAGUGAAAUGUGUUGGUUUGAUGACCGGCUCUACACAGCAUCCUGGGACUCCACUGUUAAGGUGUGGCAGUGUGCUCCUGACCCCUCCACAUCCACUCACAGGAGGUCCCAGUUCGAGUUGCUGUCUGAGCUGGAGCAUGACGCCGGGGUGAACACUGUCGGUCUGAGUCCAGCGGGGACCCUGCUGGUGUCUGGCUGUAAAGAUGGGACGGUCACCAUCUGGGACACCAGUAGCUAUGAGACGCUGCAGCAGGUCCACUGCCACACGGCCACCAUCCACCACACAGCCUUCAGUCCUGACAGCAGACAUGUUCUCAGCGUUGGGGCCGACUCGUGCAUGAAGGUUAUCGACGUCCAGACUGGAAUGGUGAUCUCCUCUGUGACCACGGAGGAGGAGCAGAGGUGUUUCUGCUGGGACGGCAGCUCGGUGCUGUGUGGAGGACAGUCCGGAGACCUCGUUCUGUGGGACCUGAUCAGCAACACGGUUAUCAAGAGGAUCCCUGCACACUCAGGUGCUGUCACAGCCAUGUGGAUGAAUGAGCUGUGCACCGCCGUGAUCACAGGUGGAGAGGACAGACAGAUGAUCUUCUGGAAGGUUCAGACUUAAAGGACUUGUCUCUGCCCUAAGGAGACGUACACUUUUACUGGACUACACCGGCCAAGUGUCCUGUUGACUACCUGACGUUUAAAAGAGACUUGCUGUCAACACACUAUAAACAUUUAGAACCUCAGAGCAGUUGAGUUUGGGAAUGACAGGCAAACAUCUCUCCAUCCAAAAAGUCUCCAUCCUGUAAGUCAUCACUGCUGUCUGCAAUUCAAGACAAAAUGUCCCGAGCGCCUUAUUUUUAAUUUGUGUUUUUAGCCUGUGUAUACGUGUGCUUUAAUUAUUAUUUGUUACGUGUCCUGGAAGUGUCUGGGAUUAACCCCAGCUUUUUACUACUAGUGAUCAGGUUUCUAUAGCUUUAUGUGCUUUUUAUUCUUUGAAACGGGCUUUCAGUCUCUCACAGCUUCAAGCUGCUCAGGUGUUAUUACAAAUCAUGGGUACGUCUAAGACCUGCUCUGUCCGUUUAUUUUUCAUUCCUAGAAACGGCUCAAACAAGUUAAUUUGACUGACCUAGGACAUCGUGUCUGUAAGAGCUGAGAGCAGGUGGACAUAUAGUAACUACAAAGGUGAAGCAUUUAAAAAAACUAAUAAUAUUUAGUUUAUGAGAUGAUAAAGUGAUGAAAGUGUUCCCUUGUCAAAUUUUGAGAUCAAAGAAAAAAAACAAAGAAUAAAAAACACCAUGAAUGAA